CCGCUGCAGAAAACGAAGUGGGUAUCCGGAAAAGGUCUCGUGUUCCCGGAGUGAUGAUUACCCAGUUCAUAGAGACGCUGCCAGAGGGGAGGAGUCAUCCAGACUUUACCCGCAAGCCAAUUGCUUUGACUAUUCAAGAAGGGAAAUUUGCUUUCUUUAAAGCCAUUGUCACCGGAGAUCCUAAACCCACUGUGUCAUGGAGCAGAAAUAAUGGAGAUGUGUCUGACACUUCAAAAUAUCAGAGCAAAUAUGACGCCAACUCCAAUGAGCAUACAUUUGAGAUGCCAAAUGUCACAGCGGCUCAAGCAGACACAUACAAAUGUUUUGCGACUAAUGAAUUCGGACAAGCCAUGGUGACAGUUGUUUUGAAUGUUAUUGAAGUUGGCUACAAAAAGAACAAAGCCCAGCAAAAUGCAACAGAACCCAUCAACGGUGGUUUUAAGAAAUUCCUACGGAAAAGUAAAGUACGUCCAAAAUCGGAGCAAGCAGAGAAGAAGGAUGGAGAGUUGGAUCCUAAAUUUUGGGAGCUGCUACUUAGCGCUGAUAAGAAAGACUACGAGAGAAUCUGUGCAGAGUAUGGAGUGACUGAUUUUCGCUGGAUGCUGAAGAAACUCAAUGAAAUGAAGAAGGAACGAGAAGAGGAACAAGCUGAGUUUGUCAAGAACAUAUCCAACCUGAGACCUAUCCGGGUGAAUGCAGACGGUACUGCAUCCUUUGAGAUUGACAUGGAACUUAUCGAGCAGAGCAGCUCAAUAUACCUGUAUAAGGAUGGUGAAAUGGUUCCCUACACAAAAGAACUAGGAGAUAUGAUGAAGCACAGUCUGAGGAGAGUAGGGAGGAAGUAUAUUUUCAGCAUAAGGGAUCUCAUGCCAGAAGAUGGCGGAUUCUACCAGUUGGAUGUAGCUAAUGUGAACGUAUUUUCCACAGAUUUGAAAAUUCCCAUGGUUGACUUCUUGGUGAAAAUUCAGGAAGUAAAGGCGAUGGAGAGAGAAGACGCCAUAUUUGAGUGUGUCCUUUCCACGCCCCUUGCCAAGAUUUCAUGGUUUGGAAAGAAUCUGCCCUUGGAACAAGGAGAUAAAUAUGAUAUUGAGGUUUCUGAGGACAAGCUCAUUCAUAGACUAGUGGUCAAAGACUGCAUGGUUGUAGACAAAGGCAUUUAUUCUGCCACUGCAGGAAUCAAAUCAUGUAACGCCUGGCUUGUUGUUGAAGCUGAUAAAGAUGCUGGUAAGGGCAAGAAGUCUAUGAGGAAGACAACAAGGGCUGGGGGGUCCGGUAUCGACCUGCAGAAGGUGGCUCAAGAGCAACAUGAAAAGUUGGAGAAGCAGAAAGAGGAACUGAAAGAACAAAUCAAAGCUGCAGAAGAAGCCCCACUCCCAUCUGAAACUCCCAAACCAGGAAAUAAGAAAACGGAAGAUGUGCCCUCUGAUACGGCGGUUGCGGAGGCAGGAGACAGUGAUAAUGAGUGUACGCAUGUAAACGUUGAGCCAGCACCUGUAGCUGCAACAGAUGAACCUGUGAUCACAUGUGGACUCUCUAAUAUCUACUGUCUACGUGGGAAGUCAGCUGUACUAAAAGUCACGAUGAACAUGGACUGCGACGGCACCUGGUUUAAAGAUGGAGAACCAAUAGGUGCUGGUGCUGGAAUCAGCACGAGCAAAAAGUCCACCUCUCACAUGCUGACUUUUGAAAACUGCCGAGAUGAGGAUUCUGGCCUGUACCGCUUUGUAUCAGGGGAUCAGAGUACACAAGGAAAGGUCACCGUUGGAGACGUACCGGAAUUUGACCCUGACGACCUUCACAAGUUCUGCAAGCCAUUGACAGUGAGAGUGGGCCACAAUGCAACUUUCAAAAUGCCCUUUGCACCUCAGGAGUCUUUGACUGUUAAUUGGUCUAAGAAUGGCUCAGAGGUCAAAGAUGGAGGAGGAGUAAAGAUUGUGAAGGAGCCCAAUCACAGCCGGCUGCUCUUCAAAGACUGCCUGCGGGCAGACAUGGGGGAAAUUAAAAUUCAACUUAAAAAUCCAUUUGGGACCGCAGAAGCUACCUCUCAGCUUUUUGUGCUCGACCGUCCAGGUCCACCAGAGGGUCCGGUGGAGACGCUUGAUACAACCUCGUCUCUCAUUGAGAUCAAAUGGAAACCUCCCAAAGAUGACGGCGGAUGCCCAAUCACAAACUACAACAUUGAGCGCCAGCAGGCAGGCCACAAUCUGUGGACCAAACUCGGACAUGUCUCCGGCGACAAGACUACCUUUAGGGACAGGAACGUGACCCACGGAAAGAAAUACAGCUAUCGAAUUUAUGCCGAGAACUCUGAAGGCCUUGGCGAAUUCCUGGAGACAGCUGAUAGCAUUAUGGCUGGCAUCAUGAUACUUUCUGGGCCGCCCAGUGCCCCCAAAGUGGUCAGUGCAUCAAAGACCUGUAUCACACUGACGUGGACCCCUCCCGAAGAUGACAGGGGAGUACCCAUCAUCGGUUACCAAGUGGAGAAACGGAAGAAGGACACAAAUCAGUGGAUUUCCUUGAACGCGGUGAAUGAACCCAUUGAAGAUGUCAACUAUGCAGUUAAAGACAUCACUGAAGGAGCAGAGUACGAGUUCAGGGUUCUUGCAAUUAAUGAGUCUGGAGCGGGGGAUCCGAGCCCCCCGUCUGCAGUGGUGUGUGCAAAGAAUCCCAACAUGAGGCCUUACUUCAAAGACCCAGAAGACUUUGUUGUUAUCAGAGCAGGAAAUUCAGCACGUGUAAAAAUUCUCUAUGAGGCUGAACCCCCACCGGAGAUCACAUGGCUCAAGGACGAUGAAGCGUUACCCCCUUGGGUGAAAGUCAUCAAUUCUGAAGGAAUGUCCCAGCUUGUUAUUCAUUCAUCGAAGCGCUCAGACUCCGCCAGCUACACAAUCAUAGCCAAAAACUCAGUCGGACAGGCUUCUUUUGAUGUUGAGGUUAGAGUUACAGAUGAACCAAAGAGCCCAGGCCCAGUGGAAUUGGAACAAACAGUCCAUGGCAAAGUGGUGAUAACAUGGGCUCCAUCGCCGGACGAGGAGCUUGAUGACAGACUUUACUACAGGGUGGCUCAACGCGACUCCAACACCAGGGUGUGGAAAAUUGUUGCAGAUCGCCUAUUCACCCACACACACACAGUUACCAACAUCCUUCCGGGGCUUGAAUAUCAUUUCCGGAUCUUCGCCAAGAACGACAUGGGGGUGUCGGAGCCGUCGCAGUCACCAACAUGGGGAAUUAAUGGCAACAGAGUUCCAAUCCCGCACAAAGGAAUCAACUCAACCAAUAUCAGCUUUGAGAGACCCCCAUCCAUCUUGGUCCCUCUGAAGUUCCAUGCACCACCAAAAGGUUACCAGGUCUACAUGACGUGUGCCGUGCGAGGGUUCCCAACGCCCAGCGUGUCCUGGUUCCUCAAUGACCAAUGUAUCAACUCAGACAAAAACUACUAUAUCACCAAUUCUUUCGGCGUAUGCUGCAUGUAUAUUCUCAGAGUGCGGCCAAAGGACAGCGGAGAAUAUAAAGUUGUUGCCAUUAACUCAUUUGGCAAGGCAGAAUGCUCCACUAAACUCAUUGUUAGAGAUUGAAUCAGCAGGAGGGCCUUAUCGGAUGUUGUUUUAUUUGAGAGAACAGAGGGAAAAAAAAGCAGUAGGUAAUGUAAGGAAGACUGGAUAGUCAUUUUUAAUAGUGGUAACUUGUUUAUUUGAAAUGCUAUAAAUGAACUACAAAUGCUUUCGGGAUCAUGACUGAAAUAAAUCAUCAAGUUGCGA